CGUCCCCGUCCCCGUCCCCGUCCCGCCCCUCGCCGGCGGUGAGGCGGAGCUGGGUGAGCUUGCGGGGCCCGGCCGCUUCCUGGUCACCGCAGCAGGAGGAGGCUGACGGAGCCCGCGGAGGCCAUGGCCUCGCUUUUCAAGAAGAAGACCGUGGACGAUAUAAUAAAGGAGCAAAAUCGAGAGUUAAGAGGUACACAGAGGACUAUAACCAGAGAUAGAGCAGCACUUGAAAAACAGGAAAAGCAACUGGAACUGGAAAUAAAGAAGAUGGCUAAGACUGGUAACAAGGAAGCCUGUAAGGUGCUAGCAAAACAGCUUGUACAAUUGCGGAAGCAGAAAAAUCGAACAUACGCUGUUAGCUCUAAAGUCACUUCUAUGUCAACUCAAACAAAGGUUAUGAACUCUCAGAUGAAGAUGGCAGGAGCUAUGUCAACUACAGCAAAAACAAUGCAAGCAGUUAAUAAGAAAAUGGAUCCACAGAAGACACUACAAACUAUGCAGAAUUUCCAGAAGGAAAAUAUGAAGAUGGAAAUGACUGAAGAAAUGAUUAAUGAUACUCUGGACGAUAUCUUUGAUGCUUCUGAUGAAGAGGAAGAGAGCCAGGAUAUUGUUAACCAGGUGCUUGAUGAGAUCGGAAUUGAAAUCUCUGGAAAGAUGGCCAAAGCUCCAUCAGCUGCCAGAGGCUUACCGUCUGCAUCAACAUCAAAAGCUUCUACCAUAUCAGAUGAAGAGAUCGAACGGCAGCUCAAAGCAUUGGGAGUUGAUUAGCUUGAUGUCAAUAGUCUACCUUCAGACAGCUGCAGACAGAUGUAAAAAGUGCAAAUACUCUUUCAAUGCAACUGAUGCCUAGGAAAACUCUGAAGCUUCAGAAAUGACAACUUGAAGUUGGUACUAGGGAGGGAGAAGGGGAGAAUACUUUGAAUCAAUUGAUAGCAUGAAGUACUUGCGACCAGUGCAUGCCAUCUUAUUGAGCAUUGGAUUGAAUAGGGAUGUAGUUCUAAUGAUAAAUUUAUACCUGAUCUGAAUCUGACCUCUGCUGAAUUCAAAGUUUUCUUCUAUCUCAGUUCCUUUUCUAUCUUUAGAAUUGGCAAUUCUGUGGCUGCUGUGGUGGUGGUGUCUCCUAGGACAGCACCUGUAUAAUAUAUAUCCUUUUUAUAAAACUGUUGCUAUAGAAAAAAAUUUACUCUGACAUUUUGGCACAAAUGAAACUUCACCUUUGCUCUCAGUUGAAAACUUUUUUUUUUUUUUUUUUUUUUAAGAGAAAUAACCUUGGACAUCCAGAACAUUUAGGCAGAAAGAAAAAUCAGUUUAUGCAUUUCUUUCAAGUUUGUGUAGUAACUUUGAGUUGAUUAAAAAUAGCUGAUUGUUCUUUUUACUGAAGGGGAAGGAUACAGUCCUUGUGCAGUUAAUUUUACUGGAAAAGGAUUUAUGUUAGUGAACUUUGUUGCAUGAAAGGCACUGAUUGAACUCAAUUGUACUGUAACAUAGCUAGUUUCAACAGAAUUGCUGUGCCUUUAUGUAUAUAAAUCUUGUAUUCCUGUGAUUUUUUUCCAAAUGAGUCUUUGAAAGGAGAGUAAACUGUAACAAAGAUAGUUUCCACAAAACACUAUGGUGUGAGCUCCAUGUAUACUUGAUAAGACUCAGUGAAGUUUAGAAAUGCACUUGUUCAGAAAUGCUACUUGCGCACUUGCAAAAAGGACAUUUGCCUGAAACAUUUGUAUAUAUUUUACAGUAUUUCAUAAUGGGAGAUAACUGUGCAUAAUGGAAUUGUUUACUAAGAUGCAGUUGAGCACAUUGAUAAGCUAAAUCUAAAUUUUAGUUAGAAGAACAAUUUUGGAUGAUACAUUCUAAUUACUUGUCUAAACACUAUAAUGAAAGUGUUCUGGUUCCAUGAAGGCUUUUCUAUGGUCUCUGAGCUGCAUCAACAUGAUUCCGGCUUUAGGUGGAAUACAUUUGGCUACCAAAAUAAGAACUGUUGACAUUUUGAACAGAUGACUAAAGUCUGAGAAUGUAGUUCACAGUUAUGACUUUCCAGAUUGUAUAAAGUUCCUCAGCCCUUACUCUGAUGUAGAUUAUUUGUCCUAAGUUGUGCUGAUUUACUGGGGCUGUUCAUUGAACAGAAACAACAAAAUCAUUGUGAUUUGUAAAGAAAAAAGUAAAAUACCUCCUAAGAUUAAAACCAGAAUAACUUUGGGGUACAAAUUUCAUAAAAAGACUUUGCUGCUACGAAAAGUGUAGCAAGAAACCAUAAUCUCUAUGAAUCUACUGUUGUCACAUCAUCUGCUUUAGGGUUAAAAUCAGCAGAGAAAGAAAAAACAGGUGAACCUUCAUCUGUUUUUUGAUAUAGAAAUUGAGGUGUUCUUUCUCUUUGGAGGAAGUAAGGGACAUACUAUUGAUCUGUGAGGUAGUGGGUAGGAAUGUGUAAGUUUAUAUAUUGCAUAUAUCUCUGAUACGAGGUGAAAUUUUUUUUCUCAAUUUAUUUUGUAAAAAUCUAAUAAAAGGCUUUUUACUCCACA